GGACCUGACUCUUGUUUACAGCAGUGAUUCUACGGACUAGACCGAGAACGAGGGCAAGUGAUAGGAUAGCUGCUUACUGGAGCUGUAGGAGAAAACGAAAAAAUACACAUCAUCAACCAUACACGGCUCACAGGACAUAACGGAAGCUUGAGUUUGGUGCAAGUAUAGCAUACUCCACUCCAACGGAAGCCCGAUAGUCUACUCUCGCGUGGCAUAACUAUUUUUUUUCAGCUGCAAAGGAGCCGACUGACUGCGUUAACCUUGAAGACAGAAAGCGCAGGGGGGAGAAAAAGGGGGUGCGAUUGGUGAAACCAUUUAUGUUCUGGCGGAUAUUUUGGAUUGCGUCUUGUUGGGAGGGUUUUAUUGAGCAGAGUUACGUUUUCAUUCAUUUCCCAUCUCAGCCUCCACCCUAGACUCUAUUGUUAAUGUCCAUCACUCAGACGGAAAUUAAUGACAGAAGAUCGGAAGACUCUUCGGUCUACAAGUGAAUCUCGUUCGAUUGCCAGUCAUAAAAGCCAUUACUGAUGUUUCAAGAGAUGGAGACUGAGGAUGCGGAUUACUGUCAUAUGUCGAGUAAAAUCAGUGGCACGGAUGUCUGUUUUGCCAGCCACCCUUGAAUCAUUCUGUCUUUGGCAAGAAUAACGAAUUGUUUUAAUUUAUUUCAUCUUAUAUAUAUAUUUUUUAUAAUACCCCUAUACACAAAACCCUGAGACUUGGAACAAGAGUAGCCUAUCCUCUAAACACGAAUUUGUAUCAACCUGUCAAACAGUGCAUUUUACUUUUUGUGAUCUUGGUGGCAUCAUCUCCCUUUUCCACUUUUUUGGAAUUAAGUUAUUUGCUUUUUAGUGAGGUUAAUAAUUGAUCAGGAAUGAGAUCUGGGACAGAGAGGAAUAAUUCGACCUUGUUUUGGGGUCUGAUGCUGUCUGUCUCCGCUAUCUGCCUGUUGUCCGCAAAUGGAAAAAUCUGUGGUCUAAGUAUCGACAUCCGUAAUGACAUCAGUGAGUUCAAGAGUCUGGAGAACUGCACGGUGGUGGAGGGCUACCUGCAGAUCCUGCUCAUCGGAGAAAAGACCAACAACCUCAACCAGGAGCUCUUCCGCUCCCUCAGCUUCCCCAAGCUGACCGUCAUCACCGACUACCUGCUCCUGUUCCGCGUGUCCGGCCUGGACAGCCUCAGCACGCUCUUCCCCAACCUCAACGUCAUCCGCGGACGCAACCUCUUCUACAACUACGCCCUGGUGAUCUUCGAGAUGACCAGUCUGAAGGACAUUGGCCUGUACAACCUGAGGAACAUCACACGAGGGGCCAUCCGGAUCGAGAAGAACCCUGAGCUCUGCUACCUGGACUCUGUGGACUGGUCUCUCAUCAUGGACGCAGAGUUCAACAACUUCAUCGCGGGGAACAAGCAGUCCAAGGAGUGUGGUGACGUGUGUCCAGGCAUCAUGGAGGACAACGCUCAGUGCAUCAAGACCAGCUUUAACGGCAACUUUAACUCUCGCUGCUGGACAUCCAACCACUGCCAGAAAGUGUGCCCAGAGAAGAAGUGUGAGCGGAGGGCAUGUACGGACGGUGGUGAAUGUUGCCAUGCCCAGUGCCUGGGAAGCUGUACAGAGCCGGACGACGACAUGGCCUGCGCAGCCUGCCUGCACUACUACCACGAGGGCCGCUGCGUGCAGCACUGCCCCCCAGACACUUACAAGUUUGAGGGCUGGCGCUGCAUCACCAUGGACCUGUGUGCCCGCGUGCACCUGCCCAGCGACUUUGACUUUGUCAUUCACGAAGGAGAGUGCAUGCCUGAGUGUCCAUCAGGCUUUACACGCAAUGAGAGCAAUAGUAUGUUCUGCAGUGCCUGUGAUGGCCUGUGUGAUAAGAUCUGUGACUCCAAGACCAUCGACUCAGUGGAUGCUGCUCAGUCUCUAAUGGGCUGUACAGUCAUCAAAGGCAACCUGCACAUCAACAUCCGCCGUGGCAAUAACAUCGCUUCAGAGCUGGAAAGCUUCAUGGGGCUGAUCCAGACAGUGACAGGCUAUGUGAGGAUCCGCCACUCCCACACGCUAGGCUCGCUCUCCUUCCUCAAGAGCCUGCGCUACAUCAACGGGGAGGAGCUCAUGGAAGGGAUGUAUGCUUUCUCUGCCAUCGACAACCAGCGCCUGCAGUACCUGUGGGACUGGACCCAACACAACCUGACCAUCAGGGCUGGGAGGCUGUCCUUCCGCUUCAACCCCAAACUCUGCAUGUCUGAGAUACACAAGAUGUGGGAGAAGACGGGAAUCACUGAGAAGUUUGAGGAGGACGAUUUCCGCAACAAUGGGGACAGAGCCAGCUGUGAGAGCCACAUCCUGAAGUUCAAGUCCAACAGCACGGUGAGUAACCGGAUCAAGCUGACCUGGGAGCGCUACAGACCACCAGACUACAGAGACCUCAUCAGCUUCAUUGUCUACUACAAGGAGGCACCGCACCAAAACAUCACAGAGUUUGAUGGCCAGGAUGGGUGUGGCUCCAACAGUUGGAACAUGGUUGACGUGGACCUGCCUCAGGACAAAGAGAUAGACCCUGGUGUGUUGCUGUCCCCACUCAAGCCCUGGACCCAGUACGCCAUCUUUGUCAAGGCCAUCACCCUGGUGGUGGAGGACAAACACAUCCCGGGAGCCAAGAGUGACGUGGUCUACAUACGUACCAGACCCUCAGAGCCGUCUAUGCCAAUGGAUGCCCGUGCGUAUGCCAACUCGUCCUCCAAGCUGGUGGUGAAAUGGUCACCUCCCCUCAACCCUAACGGCAAUCUCACUUUUUAUCUGGUCCGCUGGCAGCAGCAAGCUGAAGACAGGGAGUUGUACCAACACAACUACUGCUCCAAAGAGCUGAAGAUCCCCAUCAGGAUAUCAGCCACGGGGUUGGCAGACAUGGAGGAGGACACCAAGCCCACCAAGUCUGACCUGUCUGGGGGGGAUAAGGGCCCUUGCUGCCCCUGCCCCAAGACCAAGGAGGACCUGAAGGCAGAGAUAGACGACGCCUCCUACCGCAAAGUCUUUGAGAACUUCCUGCACAAUUCUAUCUUCACCCCCAGACCCCCAGACCGGCGACGUAGGGAUCUAUUUGGUGUCGCUAACAGCACCCUGGCACGGGGUGGCAACACCACAGGCCUGGAGGGUAAUAGGACAGAAGGAGAGCCCCCUGAGAGGGAGUUCCCCUUCAUGGAGGACCGGAGCAAGACAGAGUUUAUCGAGAUCCCCAACCUGCAGCCCUUCACUGUGUACCGCAUCGACAUCCACGCAUGCAACCAGGAGGUCCGUCGCUGCAGUGCUGGAGCCUUCGUCUUCUCCAGGACCAAACCUGCAGACAAAGCGGAUGACAUGCCAGGCAGCGUGAUCCAGGAGAGGGAUGAGAAGGUGGAGGGGUCGGUGCUGCUGAGGUGGCCAGAGCCUGUCAACCCCAAUGGCCUCAUCCUGAUGUAUGAGAUCAAGUUCCGCCAGGGCACCGAGCCUGAGAAACACGAGUGUGUGUCACGCCAGCACUACCGUGUUCACAAAGGAACUCGUCUGACCAACCUGGGCUAUGGGAACUACUCUGCCCGCGUGCGUGCCACCUCCCUGGCAGGAAAUGGGUCCUGGACUGAGCCAGUGUCCUUCUACGUGCCCCCACCCAAACGGGACUAUGACAACGCAUUCUAUCUGGUCAUCAUCAUCCCCAUCAUCGUGAUAAUUCUCAUCGCCAGCCUCAUCACUGUACUCUUCUUUAUCAACAAAAAGAGGAACAGUGACAGGCUGGGGAAUGGUGUCCUCUAUGCUUCUGUCAACCCUGAGUACUUCAGUGCUGCCGAGAUGUAUGUUCCAGACGAGUGGGAGGUGGCCAGGGAGAAAAUCACCAUGCACAAGGAGUUGGGCCAGGGUUCCUUCGGCAUGGUGUAUGAGGGCCUGGCUAAGGGCGUGGUUAAGGACGAGCCUGAGACCCGCGUGGCCAUCAAGACAGUCAACGAGUCAGCCAGCAUGAGGGAGAGGAUCGAGUUCCUCAAUGAGGCCUCUGUCAUGAAGGAGUUCAACUGUCACCACGUGGUGCGUCUGCUGGGCGUGGUCUCUCAGGGCCAGCCCACCUUGGUGAUAAUGGAGCUGAUGACCCGUGGAGACCUGAAGAGCCACCUGCGAUCACUCCGGAAAGAGGUCUCUGCCUCUCUGCCACAGAACACAUCCAGCCAGGUUCUGCCCCCGCUGAAGAAGAUGAUCCAGAUGGCAGGAGAGAUUGCGGACGGCAUGGCAUACCUCAACGCCAACAAGUUUGUCCACAGAGACCUGGCUGCCAGGAACUGCAUGGUGGCAGAGGACUUCACCGUCAAGAUCGGAGACUUUGGCAUGACGCGAGACAUCUACGAGACGGAUUACUAUCGGAAAGGAGGAAAAGGCCUUCUGCCGGUCCGCUGGAUGUCUCCAGAGUCGCUGAAAGAUGGCGUGUUCACCACAAAUUCUGAUGUCUGGUCGUUUGGGGUGGUGUUGUGGGAGAUUGCCACCUUGUCUGAGCAGCCGUACCAGGGCAUGUCCAACGAGCAGGUGCUGCGUUUCGUCAUGGAGGGAGGACUCCUGGACAAGCCUGACAACUGCCCUGACAUGCUGUUUGAACUGAUGCGGAUGUGCUGGCAAUACAACCCCAAGAUGCGUCCCUCCUUCCUGGAGAUCAUCAACAGCCUCAAGGAGGAGCUGGAGCCUCCGUUCAGUGAGAUGAGUUUCUUCUUCAGCAAGGAGAACAAGCCCCCGGACACUGAGGAGCUGGACAUGGAGGUGGAGAACAUGGAGAAUGUGCCACUGGACCCUGCACCCAGCAGACCCCCCACUGCCGUCCCUCAGCCCUCCCAGGGACCUAUGGGGGCCACACGGGGCUCAGCGCCCCCUCCUCCCCAGCAGUUAUCUCCAAUACAAGGCCCUUCUAGUACCCUGAUGGGACCUGGCUCCCCCUCCACCUCAGCCCCUGCUGCCUCUGCCUCAGCCUCCCCAAGCCUGGCUUUGGACAAGCAUUCAGCACAGGUAUCGGCCAACGGGCCAGUGGUAGUGCUACGGCCCAACUUUGAGGACACGCAGAACUACGCUCACAUGAACGGGGGACGCAAGAACGAGCGGGCGCUGCCACUGCCCCAGUCUUCAGCCUGCUGAUCCCAAGCCCCCCUCCUCUCCCCUCAGCCAGAUCACCCUUCUCCGCCUCCUCUUCUCAGACAGGGUAACAUAAACUUCUCCUCCGCUUUAGUUCUAAUGGGGGGAUGGAUGAAUAACUGACAGACAUUAUACUACUCUACUGCAGUAGGAGUCUUUUCUUUAAAAAAUGAAAUAUUAACAAGAUGUAUGAUUGAAUCCCGAGACUGAGAAAGAGUACAGAAACCUGUUAAAGCAUUUGGAGCAUGGUGGCUCAAACAGAACUACAACACUGGGGAGCUCUGGUGUUUCCUUCUUGUAGAGUAUUUGUUACUUUUUUUACAAAUCUUUAAAGAAAGACAAAAAUACAGACUUAUUAAUAUUCCCUGACUGACAGGUAUUGUAAGUGAGAGACAAUAACUUAUUUUAAGCAUAUCUGCCAGCAGAUCCGACAGAAGAGCACUUUUUGAUGAUCUCAGAGAGAAGGUUGUAUAUAUCUGAUUGUGUAUUUCUAUACAAACACAUGAUUCUCUUGACAGUAAGAUAGAGCUCCUCUUCCACACUUCUUUCCAUCAAUAUACUUCUCCUCCCAUAUUUCAGACAUUGAUGUGUUCUGGACUAGGCUCAUUGGUUUUCCUGUCAAUAUUCCGGGGUAGGAGGGAAUGUUUUCAGGAGUGGGUAGAUCGAGGAGGGGCUAUUGUAAAUCUGCCAUAUGUUUUGCCAAAUCAAACUUAGCAAUUUUCUCCCUCCUGCUCUUCAUUUCUCUCUUUGAUUGGACAUGGAGAGAAACACAAUCAAGCAUCCUAAAACUCCCACAUUGCUGUUUUUUUUUUUUUUUUCUACUUCACAAUUACAAUCAAAUUGUAAAAGGAAUUUGCCUGUUUUCUUUUCUGGGGGUUUUCGGGUUCACAUCAGAGCCCUUAUUUGGAGUCCUAUUUUAUUGUAUGUGUCAUCUGAGAGAUGAAAACACCAACAUCACCAACAGAGACAUUGAACAAAAAGGACUUGGCGCCAAAAAUACAACACAUACAGAGACAAACCUGUAGUGGAAGGUAUUGGAUCAGUUCUGAUACAAGGAGAACUAAAGGACUUAACAGAACUCCAUGUUGUGAGCAUACAUAAGACUGCUAAAGGCAUUGUACACAACAGGUAUUUUUUAGACUAGUCAUUAGUCUCUCUGUACAAUUCAAACAUUUAUAUAAAGGUCUUACAGUUGUAUGUUAGACCUUAGGAUCAUUGUCACACACACACAUCAUUGGUUUGUCACUUUUAUAACUUUUAUACGGUUCAGAUGUUCUCUUCUAUGUCUGUACAGAAUAAAGCUGCUAUUUUUUUCUUUUUCUUUUUUGGAUGUUAUAUAUAUAAAGAAAUCCUUCAGGUUGACUAUUUUAUGAUCUCCACUACAGUCCAUUUCUUAUGCUUCAUACUUCUAGCAAAAAAAAAUAUUUAAAAAAAAUGACCUUUCUCUCUUCUUUACCCCAGAACAGGUUGUCUGUAUCACAACAUAUUGUCCAUUGCCUUUUAUUUUUUUAUGAACAUGUUUUUCUUUGCAUUAUUUUUUGUAGAUUUCUAUAUAAUUAUCAUUAUUAUUAUUAUUAAUUAUUAUUAGUUCGAAUGGACACCGCAGCUCCGUGUGCGAGUGUGUAAGUUUGGCACCCUUUUUGUACCCGUUGUCUAGUACCUAGUUAUUGCCCCCUAGGUGCAACUUAAUCUCAGGUCGAAGUACAUGUUUUGCUUUCUCCAUACAUUCUCAUUACUGUCCUCUGCUUGUUUCACCUCUCUGUUGAGUCCAAUAGUGCCCUCUCCCCUCCCCUCCAGCCCCACACUGAAAUGUGCAGUACACCUGCCUCCCCCAGUGCCUCCUUUUGAAGUCAGGAUUAGUUGCACAGGAUCUUCUUUUUUCUACUGGAUCUGGUGUUUUAACCCAUUCUUUUUCCUGCCUCUCAAUUGAUAGGGCUAAUUGGGUUGUCUUGUUUGCCUUAAUGAUCCCAACCACUCGCCAUCCUCUCAAAUAAUGCUCAUCCAUAAUCAAAGUUCUCUUUUUGUGUCUUAGAUUUCAAGUGCAGCAUUACUGCUUAUUCUCCUUUAUCAUUCAUUUAAUUUGUGUUGUCAUACUCAUUCUCUUACGAUCAAAGUGAAAACAGUUUCUAUUGUUUGUCUCCUUAAACAUGGCGCCUGUACACCAAAUAAGGAUGGGUUAAAGUCCAGGGAAGUGGUCACAUUUCAAUGUCAUGAAUUGAAUAGGUCUUACUGGGGGUGUCAGUAUGAAAAGUGUUUUUGAAGGAUUUCUCCUCAUCUUUUGAAAAAGUUUCCAGCUUUGAAGUUAUUCUCUGUAGGAUUGUUAUUUAUUUUUUUAUUUUCCUUUUGUGAUAUCAGUUUAAAUCACUGUAUAAAUGCCCCUUCAUUCAUUAUAAAGUUUGAUUUUUGAUAUGUACUUUCUUUGGUGUCAUGGCUGGGGGACUUUUUCCCCCCUUCCCUUCAAGUAUAUAUCUACCUCACUCUUUUUAAGUGUGUAUGAAAAGAAAAGUACGUCUCACUUUUUCUCAUUACUCUGUAUAAGGUUAUAACAUUAUUAACAAAACACACCACACCCAAACCCGGUUGGUGUGGAGAUGGGAUGGCGCUAGGGUGGCUCUAAUUAUAUCUGGUCCCAUGCUUAAAAAGUUCUGUAUCAACUACAUGUCAAAUCAAAUUUUAUUUGUCCCGAAUACAACCUUACCGUGAAAAUGCUUACUUACAAGCCCUUAACCAAUAAUGCAGUUCAAAAAAUAUAGUUAAGAAAAUAAUUGCUAAAUUAACUCAAGUUUGAAAAAAUCGAAUCAAAAAGUAAUACAAGAAAAUGACAUAACAAUAAGGAGGAUAUAUACAGGAGGUACCGAGUCAAUGUGAGGGGGUACAGGUUAGUCGAGGUCAUUUGUAAAGUGACUAUGCAUAGAUAAUAAACAGCGAGUAGCAA